CGAGCGGGCCGGCUCUCCGGGCCUGGGGAGGUUCCCGCCGGCUGUGCCGCGCCCCUGCCCUCUUCUCCCGUCCUCCCUGCCUACCGCGGGGCGGGGCGGCGCGGCCGGCGCUCCGGCUGUGCUGGCGGUGGCGGCAGCAGCAGCAGCGAGCAUGUCCUCGAGCAGGGCCAAGAAAGUGAAGAUGGCCACCAAGUCCUGCCCGGAGUGCGACCAGCAGGUUCCUGUUGCAUGUAAAUCAUGUCCCUGCGGCUACAUAUUUAUUAGUCGAAAACUCUUGCAUGCUAAACGUGCUGAGAGAUCACCACCCAUCACAGAAAACAAGAGUGAGGCCAAGAGGAGAAGGACAGAAAGAGUUAAGCGAGAGAAGAUAAAUUCUGCAGUAAAUAAAGACUUAGAAAACCGAAAAAGGUCCAGGUCUAACAGCCAUUCAGAUCACAGCAGAAGAGGAAGAGGAAGACCUAAGAGUGCCUCAGCCAAAAAGCAUGAGGAAGAAAGAGAGAAACAAGAAAAAGAAGUUGACAUGUAUGCUAACCUUUCAGAUGAAAAGGCCUUCGUAUUUUCAGUGGCCUUGGCGGAAAUAAACAGAAAAAUUAUCAAUCAAAGACUUAUUCUGUAACUUUAAAAGAGGAAUUGCAAGCACAAGACCUACUUCCCUACAUCAUGUAGACCUCUGCUUUCCAGAGCUGUAGCCUGUCAUGGAUACCAGUAGUAAGGACAGAUGAGUCUUAAGGAUAGAGCGUAUAUUUGCAUGGUAAGUUAUUAAAAUCAGAAUGGCAAAAGGGAAGUUGUAGUUUUGAAAACCUAAGAUAUGAUCAGGCUUGUGUCGAUUCUGUUGCUAGAAUGAGAUUUACUGUAUUAAGAAGGGACUAAGGGAACUACUGAUGGAGUCUAUUCAGCAAUCGAACCUGCAUUCCUACAGGUAACUUAAUUCUUUCUGCUCCUGUACAUGGAAUUACAGUGAUCUUCAGAAGACUGAAGUCAAUGUUGUUAAAUGUGACAAAAUUUAGCUUAUGGCUUUUACAUUUAGACUGCUGCCUUCUCCCAUAAGUACUGAAAAAUACUUUCGUACCUCUCAAAAAUGAAAAAUGUUUUUUAUCCUUCAUUGGUGGAGUCUCCUGAAACAGUUGCUGAGUUCCGUUCUGUACUUCUCUUUGUCUUCCCCAGGUCUCUGCUGUCAGCUCUUUGCCACUUGUGGUCAAGCUAUUUUUCUUCUCCUGCUGGCUUCCAGUUUCUUUGAGAAAGCUGUGAUGGAAGCAGGUGGCCCUGAAAAUAUCCUAGGGAGAGACUGCUGCUUUGCCAGUGGAUCUUAGAAAGCAAGUGUUCAGACUUAUUCUUCCCACCAACCAGAAACAAACCAUUCUUUCCUAUAUAGAAAUGACACUUCAGCAUCUGGUAACUCUGUGGCUGUGGUUUGCUUAGACAUAGAUCUCUUGGGACGUAUUUGGUGAUUGAACUGGAAGGCAUUUGCAUUGUAUGAAGUAGGCAUCAGCACAAGUAUCUCAAGAGGUCUUUCUUUGUGUGUUAGAGGUGAUCAAUGAAACACUGUGGCAAAUAAUUGUAGAUAGUAGCUGUAAAAUAAAUUGGAGCUUGGUCUACAAAGCUAAAAUAAAGCCAGUAAUAACUAAGUGUUGAGAGAGUAAAAUUCUGUGUUCUGCAGCUCUGACUUAACUGGAAACUGUAGUUUCCAAGAAGCAAGAACAAAUGUGUAGCACUUCAGGAAGUUGUUGAUGCAGUUUUCUUUCUUCCGUGGAACUCUAGUUCCAGUAUAAGAUUUUUAGGCCCUACCUUUGAAUGUUGUUAAGGUUCAGUCUGGCUGAAUUUGUUUUACUACAUUUUUUUAGCAUGAGGGUUUGCACAUAAAAAGAAGUGUUCUUUCAGAAAUAGUGAAUUAGGCUUCAGGUUUUUUUAAUUAACAUAAGACCAAGUAUAUCACCCCCACAAAAAUAUUGCUCCACCUCUAUACUGCCUCUACAUGUUGACUUGCCUGACUAGAUAAACUUAAUGUUAUGAACUGAAUAGUUUAAGAUUGUACUAGAGAUCAGUCUGUUUGUAAAGCACCAUCUAGCAAGCUCGACUUUCUGCCACUUCUUUUCCCUUUUUUUUCUGAAGAGCUGUGCUUUUGUCUUUUGUGUCUGUGUAAUUGCAUGUCAGACCAUCAAGCAAGUUCACAGUUGAAAUUCUAGCCUGCGAUUUCUCUGUAUUUACUGUGUUCUGCUACUAGGUGGCAGCCUUUAUUCUAAAGAUAGUUACUGCUGAUUUAGGAAUUCUUACUAUGGAUACUAGGAAGACCAUUGUAUUCAGUUUUCUGUAAAAGGACACUGAAAGGUUAUUUUUCAUUAGCACAUCACUCAUAUUGAACUUGGGAGCUUAAAAUCUUGUUCAAGGAUGUUACUGGCAUUCUGCACUGAACAUAGAUGGUUUCAUUCAUUGGGUGAGAUGUUAGCUCUUGAGCUGUAAAACUGGCAGAAAUUAAUUAUUUGUCAAGAUCAAAGAACUCUGAACUUUGGCAAUUCAAUAACAAAAUGGUUUAAGGAAACUCUUCUUCACCUCCCCUGGAAUUCCUGCAUAUGUAAACUUUUUUCUGUGCAAAUUUUACGAAGAUCUGUAGUUUUCCUGUUAUUUUCACUCUAAAACUGUUAUGAUUAAAAAAGGUUGAGAAUGGGGCAAGGUAUUGGGGGAUACUUUCCACAUUAUGAUCACCCCAUGAUUGGGCAGCAGGAUUUGUGGAGAGGGAGACUAGAAAUGAGAUAUUUGCUUCAGUUAUGUCCUAAACAAGGUCUUUGUGAUGGUUUUACUUAGUGCUUUUAAACUUAUUUUUAUGUUUGUUUUUCUAGGUCUUUUUUAGAGUGGAACAGUGAUUCAUGUAGGCUACUAGCAGCACUUUGUCUUCCUAGUAUCUUGGACUGUACUAUCAAGGAUGCCCAACAGGAUAUGGUGCUUGACUUUUGUUCUUUAAGAUUCUGAUAAUCUUUAAGGUAUUGGUAACUUGUGAUUAAACAGUGUAACCAGAAAGCUGUUUUAAGCCACUGUUUAGUUAAAGCCUUUCUGAGUUGCUGUUCUCUAGAACAUGCUUCCUCUGAAUAUAUUACAUGUGCAGGUGUUGCUAGUGUCCCGUUUUGUAUCUCUUAGGUGCAUCUAAGCAAAUGUUCUUGUUUGCAUUAGGAGUGUGUGUUUGAAGCGAAUCUUGUGAUAGUCCCUACUUCCAGUGCUUGUGUUUGCAUCAUGGAAUGGCCUCGGGGGUAGCAGGAAGUAGAUUGCUUUUACAAAAAAUUGACAUUGAAGGUGCUCUUCAACUGUUAGUGGGUGCUUGGUCUGCAGGAUCAGAUCUGCCUGUAGCAGAUGUUGGGUUCUCAGUGCCAACUGUUGUACUCCAUAGAGUUCCUCUUGUGCCUCACUUGUUGCUUAUUACAAAAAUAUAGCAGAGCAAAUGUUAAGAAGUUUAUCCAACGCUUCCAGGUGAGUUGUUAUCCUUCAGAGUAUUCACACUGUCAUCAGUGUCUUCUUAUAGGCUUCCUACUUGUUUAUUUCACUGUGGAUUCUGAUAAAUAUCCUCUAGCAAAUCGAAGUGUAGCAUUUCAAGGUGUUUCUUUCCCCAGAUGUUGGCCUUACCCUUUUUUGUUAUGUCAACAGAAAAACCGCUUAAUCAGAUACAAAUUUUGCUGCCUUAUGGUUAAUUAGACACUACAGAAAUACACUGCAUGGUUUCAUUAUAUAUUGUGAAUUCAUCAGUAAAUGAAAGUAUCUGUAACUUAGUGUAGUGUUUUCCUGCUCUAUAGAAGGGGCUGCUCGUAGCUGCUAGCUGUUGAGUAGGGUAUGCAAUCUGAGUAAAAAACAAGAAAUUGGUUAGGCAGAAGGCAUUGGAAAUGGAUACACCUGGGUAUCUUUUUUUUUUUCCUCCAGAAAAAAAAUGUAAACCUGCUUUCACUGAAGUUGUUUAAUUUCAAGCUCAAAACGUGAUUCUCAUGAAUCAUUUGGUGUCAUCAUGCAGCAUGUUCCUGGGGAAGAAGUCAAGUACCCCUCCCUCAUCUUCCUCCCACAACCUGCUUUUCUUGGUGCUUAGCUUUGUAUGUAGAACCUGAACUCCAUGUUAAAAAAGUUAGUGUACUUCCUCUGGUCUCUUACUAUACAUUAUUUCAAUUAUAACUUAAUACUGAAUUUUGUCAUAAGGGUUAAGAAAUAAAUACUAUUUUGAAUCCUGGGCAGUGUUGAUGACUGUAAAAUGCUGUAAAGAAUAGUGAGUGUUCCAGAUAUCCGGAGCACAAACAUUUAAUAGUCCGGCAAUUUUCCAAGUCUCGGUGGGUUUUGUUUUGUCUUUGAAUAUUUUAUUGAAAGUAUCUUGCUAAUAAAGAAAAAUCUUCAGCUUGA